CAAUAUCCCACAUUCAAGGCAUACGCCGUCUCUCACCCAUGUAGCGAAACAGAGGGGAGGCGGUCUCUACUAGUAAGGCAUGGUAGAUACUUUCCGGCGAACUCGGUACACUAGCGUACUAUAGGAAGUCAAUUUCGGCUGCGAGUCCUCUCGAUCUCCUUCAUGAGAGCGAGAUGGUGUACAGAUACGUUUACCGGGCAGAGCAACACGCAGUACUAUGUAGUGUAUCAUGCUGGGAGGCUGUCCCCCUGACCUAGUCCUUGUCGGCACCGCUCCUCCGGGCCUGUUGUCCACAUCACCCUUGCCCGCCGUCCUGUAUUCGUACACUAUGUAUUCUACCGGUACAUACCAAACCCCGGGUGCUGUGACAAGGAGCCAGCCAACUUCCAAUUACGCCCAGCGGUCCUCCGCAGGUUACCCGGGCCGCGGUACAGAUACGCCACUCGCCGUCGUCGGAAACAAACGCCGCUUGCCCUGUCAUGUCAUGUCUCAGGCUAGCAAUCUCGGGACAGGCAUUCUGCCGACCCGACCCAGGACGACUUUGGAGGGGGGGGGGGGCCUGGAACGCCGCAGGUUGCGGACGCUGGCCCCUCGCCCCCCCGUGCAAGAUGCAAGAGACGCCCAAAAACGUGGGAGCCCGGCCGACUUGUCAUCUUUGGUAGGAGCCCACGUUUCACGCUUCCCCAGCUGUCCCCUGGUUCUGGAAUCGUUCCAGCCUCACUUUCUUCCUCCCUGGAGACUCUGCCUCGUGUCGCGCCGGGGUCGUGCCUGUUUUCGGCCCGAGGCUUCCCAGCAAGCACUUGCUCGGAAAAGAUAGAGGGGGAAAUCAAAGAAGAAGAAAAAAAGAAAGAAAAAAGCCUGGGAGGCUCCUUGGUCAACGGACAGGUUCACUCUAGCUGAAGGACGCUAUGCCGACGCUGGGGCGUUAUGGUCGACGUAGCCGUCUGAGAAUAAAAGAGACCGACUGUCUCCUCCGGUCUACUC